ACAGAUCUUGGACACACUUUCAGUGCUGGCAUUCCUCCUCCAUGUAUAUAUACUCAAAGGAGAAUACUCACUUUUAUAGUGCCUUACUUAUUACAUCUUACAUCAUGUCUCAGUCUUCUCUUUGAUCUAUGCAUUAUGAUUUGGAGGAAGUUGACACUUUAAUUUGAGAUGUAUGGCAAAUUAUAUUAAUCUUGCGUUUUAAGGAGUCGGGGGGCUCAAUAAGAUUUACUUGGUGCCCUGCCCACAAAAAUAUUAUUGGUAAUGAGAAUGCAGAUAAUGCGGCUAAAGAGGCCGCUUUAAUAGGUGAAGUAGUAGAUAAUCAAAUUACAUAUUCUGAAGUUGUCUCAUCAUUAAAAAAUAGGUAUGAGCAAAUUAACUUGGAUUAUCUGCACAGUAUUAAUAUCGGAACAGAAAAUUAUUAUAUGAAUAGUUUUGCGAAUAUUAAUGUGAACACAAUAUCUAAAUUUGGAUUAUCUAGGAAACAUCAGUGUAUAUUAAUAAGAGUUAUAACGAGUUACCCAUAUACUAAUUUGGUUAAAAAGAAAUUUGGUUUAAGAGAAUCGAUGGAAUGCGAAUGUGGAUUUGAGGUCCAAGACUCUAACCAUAUCUUUUGGGCAUGUCCUAAUUAUAACGAUUCAAGAAGAAUUUUAUAUGGAAAACUUUUAGAUUAUAAGUGUCAGACUCCAUUUUCAAUUGAAUAUAUAAUAUCUGUUAUUAGUAAGAGAAUAGCCAAAGCCAUGGUCAACUUUGUGGAUAAUAGUAAUAUUAAGAUUUAAUAUAGUUAAUCAUUAUUAAUGUUGAGCUGUUGCCAAGGGACUUACCUUGCAGGUGUAACGGAGGAGAGAGGACUCCCAAUCAAAAGAAAUAUUCUAAGAAGAAAAAAAUUUGAAGAUUCAAGACGUGAUUUACCCCAACGAUCACUGUCUUAUAACAUUAGUAAUUCUGGUACUGUGUCCCACUGGGACAGAAAUCCAAAGGGUAAAGAAGAAGAAGAAGAAGUUGUAUUAAAUAAUAGAAAGUUAAAGAUAAACAAGUAAUUGUAUACACCUGUAUACAUGAUGACAGCGCAUGAAGUAAAGGGAAUGAAAAGAAAAAGUGCACAGAAAGAAAAUUUAACUGAGGAAGAAAACAAAGAAAAACCGAGCAAACCCAUUGAACUAAAAUAUGGACCUAAUGUGUCUUUUCCAUAUCAAAGAGUAUGGUCUAGAUGUGUUCUGAUACUUGGAGUCUUGGUAAUAGUUUGGUAUAAUAAUAGACAGAGCAAAGAAGUAUAUCUAGCAAAGCAGAAAGAUGUGUUGGUAAGUCGUACGCAGAACAUUGACUGCUCUAUGGAUUAUAGAGAGGAGUUAGAAAAAUACCCUGGCUGUGUACCAGAAAAAUGUGGCAGAGUUGUAACUGACAAACUCGUCUCAACAACAGAGGCAGAUGUUUUACUGAGACUAGCAAAAAAUGGAUUAGAUUUGGCCGGAUCUGAUGGUGGUGCGAGUAUUCUGGAUCUUCAUUCUGGUGCUCUUAGCAAAGGCCGAGAUUUUAUUAAUAUCUAUAAACAACCAGAAGCAAAGAAAAUAUUCAACAAUGUGGAUUCAGCAAUUUAUAAGGUAGUAAAAACAAAAAUUCAACAUGCGGUUGCGCAUCAAUUUGGCGUACAUGUAAAUAAGAUCUAUUUAACCAAACCUACUUUCUUCUCUCGAAUGACUAAUAAACCAGCGAAAACUGUACACGAUGAAUACUGGCAUCCACAUAUUGAUAAGGAAACAUACAAAUCAUUUCAUUAUACAUCGCUGCUGUAUUUAAACGAUUAUAAUAAAGAUUUCGAAGGUGGUCGAUUUAUAUUUGUAGAUAAGAACGAUGUUAAUACUACAGUGGAACCAAAGAAAGGUAGAGUAUCAAUUUUUACUUCAGGAAGCGAAAAUUUACAUCUAGUUGAAAAAGUAAAAUCUGGUACUCGUUACGCUUUGACCGUAUCUUUUACGUGUGAUAAAAACGCCGCGAUAACCGAUCUACACUUUACUGAUAUAUUAUAUUAAGAUUUAAUUUUUUAUUAAAAUAUUUUUUUGCCUAUUAAAUACAUAUACACUAUUAUUUCUCUAUUAACUAAUGUUUACAUAAAGAAAAUAUAUGAAUCGUAACUGUCGACAACAUAAUUGAGCAGUAUUAUAAUUAUUAGUACAUAGUAUAUUAUCAAAGAGAAUAAGUAAAGUAUUGUAUAAUCAGAGAUUUUAAAAUGUUAUUAUAAAUAUAUUAAGAUAAAAAACUUGUAUUAUUUGUACAACAUACUUUUGAUUUUUAAAAAUACAAUUAUUUUUAUGCAUAAA